CCGAUAUCGCCAUACUCAAACGAAAAUCCGACCAGCUGUUAUCGCUGUCCCAUCCCAUCCCUUUCUUUGGAGAUUCUCGCCGACACAAUCGUGCGAUGUACGUCAGAUGGCAUUACAUGCGCACUGGCCUGGACUAUCUUGGUGGCGGCGCAAUAUUUUGGGAACCCCGCGGCUCUGGAACAAGAUCGAAGUCCACUUAUUGCACGGGACCCCAUCGCACGCUGCCCGGCUGCUGUAGAUGACUAGGCUGAGCCUCGAGCGCAGCUUACCUGCGCCGCCGACCACCCCAAUUACAGCAGAGCUCGACAUCUGACUCCCACCGCUACCUCUCACCUUUAUUGCACGCAUUGCGAAGUUUGCAGAGUGUAGACCCGAUGGUAGCAGAGAAGAGCUUGUAGAAGGCGCUGGCAGUAGUGAAAGAAGCCUGCUCAUACACCGCCCCUGGAGGUUAUUGCGCAGCCUCUCGCCAUGACCGGAGGGGGCGCCCAUCGACAUAUCAUGCAGCUUCGUAGAUAGUACUUAUUUCCUACUGCUCUUGGCCCAGUACACAGCUUUGCCCUCUCUGGUUCUUUCAC